ACUCUUAAAGCAAUGUGCAUACGAAUUGACACUCUCAACAAAUCGCAACACUCAAUUUCAGGACAUACAGAUAAGGUUAAUUAAAUUAUUAAACUUUCAAAAAUAUUAUCAAAAAUAUCUACGGAGUAAAUAUAUUAUCGGCAUGGCUGCAUCAUCGUCAGUUUCUUCGCCGGCUCUUUGUCUCGCAGGUCGAGUCGCUAUAGUCACGGGAUCGUCCCGAGGAAUAGGCCGUGGUAUAGCCAUCCACCUUGCGGAGCUUGGAGCUAGGAUCGUUAUUAAUUACUCCACUAGUUCUACUGAGGCCGACAAGGUUGCGGAGGCUAUUACCACCAACUGUCCAAAUAACGAUGAAGCAGGAGAAGUCACUGGAAAACGUCCACGUGUUAUAGUUGUCAAGGCCGACAUAUCAGAGCCUAAUCAGGUGAAGUCGCUUUUCGAUGAGGCUGAACGAGCCUUUGGGUCACCAGUUCAUAUCCUGGUUAACUCUGCCGCAAUUGCUGAUCCCAAUCACUCGAGUAUUUCAGAUACAUCAGAAGAACUCUUUGAUCGCAUUUUCAGUGUGAACACAAGAGGUGCGUUUUUGUGCGCUAGAGAAGCAGCCAACAGGGUAAAACGUGGAGGAGGUGGCCGGAUCAUCCUCCUCACAUCUUCUCUUGUUCAAUCCUUGAAACCAUCCUUUGGCUCAUACACGGCUUCCAAGGCAGCCAUAGAAGCCAUGUCCAAGAUUCUUGCAAAAGAGCUCAAAGGAACGCAAAUCACAGUGAACUGUGUCUCUCCAGGACCGGUCGCCACAGAAAUGUUUUUUGCUGGACUGAGCAAUGAGAUGGUGGAGAAAGUAAAGGCUCAGAACCUAUUUGGUAGACUUGGUGAGACCAAAGACAUUGCUAAUAUUGUUGGAUUCUUAGCCAGUGACGCUGGGGAAUGGAUUAACGGACAAGUCACUAUUGCUAAUGGUGGCUCUAUCUUGUAAAGAAAGAAAGGUUAGUAUUUUCAUAAAAAAAUUACCCUCUCGAAUGAUUGAUGGAAGUUGUAACAUGAGAAACACCAAGGACCCGACCAAACAAUUAAACAUAAUCGUAUUCAUAGUACUCUGGA